GUUGUUCCCGAAGGAUUUAGUCCUUCCACUUUAGUCAGUGUCAAUUAUCCUACCGAGGACGUUGCCUUGGGUAACUUUAUCAAGCCUUCAGACUCGGAUAAAGCACCCACUGUGACAUUUAUUGCACCUGACACGGAUGCACAAUACACGCUUUUAAUGGUGGAUCCUGAUGCGCCAUCCAAGGAGAACCCCAAGUUUGGCCCUUACCGCCACUGGGUCAAUGUCAAUAUCCCUUCGGAUGCAGAUUUCACACAAGCCAGUGAGUUGGCUCCUUACAUUGGUCCUGGUCCUCCUCCCAACACUGGGGAUCAUCGAUAUAUCUUUUUAAUCUACAAGCAACCCACAAAGGAUGCAGACUUUCAUACAUUGGAAGAACAACCCAAUAAUUGGGAUUUCAAAUCCUUUGUUCAAUCCAACGGAUUAGAAUUAGUUGGUGUCAACUUUUUUAUUUCUCGCAAUGACGUAAACUAA